GGCGAUAUGGGGCGAAUCAUCAUCAUCAGUGAGCGUUCGAUAUGCGGAGUGCAAAGAUGGCCCAAUUGAGAGGAGUUGCCAUAUGCCUGAUAGUUUCCCUCUUCGUGGGCUCGUCAAGAGCUGAGUGCUGCAAGGAUGGCGAGACAAAAGUGGAUGCGGAUGAUUGCACCAAGUAUCUGGCCUGCUGUCACGGCGAAUUUGUAUCCAAGUCCUGUGCAAGCGGAUCCUAUUGGCAUUCGGACUUGGAAGUCUGCGUCGUAGAUGAUGGCCAGUGCAAGCCGCCAACCUGUGUGGAAGGGGACAUUAAACUAAAUCCGGAGAACUGUGCCGGCUACUUACAGUGCGUUAACGGGAACAUAGUGAGCCAGAGCUGCCCGAGUGGAGACUACUUCAAUUCGACCCUGAAUCAGUGCGUUGAAGAUACUUGCGGAGUGUGCCUAAGCUGCACCGAGGGAAGCAAAAAGGCCGAUCCCAGCGAUUGCUCCAAGUUCCAGAUAUGCACUAACGGAGUGUACGUGUCUCAAUCUUGUGCCUCCGGCUAUUACUGGAAUGCAUUGAGCAAGGAGUGCGAAGAGGACAAUGGCCAGUGCAAGGGAACUGAACAGUCUUGCACUGAGAAUGAGAUUAAGGUUAAUCCUGCAGAUUGCGCCGGAUACCUGCAGUGCAUAAACGGAAAACUUGUGGCCAGGAAGUGCUCCGCUACGCAGUUCUUCAAUCCCACACUGGGGCAAUGCGAGGUCGACACACAGAAUGUGUGUAUUCCCAAAACCUGCGAUUCCGAUUGCUGCGAUGUGUCCAACAAUUCCAUAUGGCCGGUGGAGAAAAAUUGCUCCGCCUUCUACCAGUGCGUAGAUGGCAAGAAAUUUGAGCAGCGGUGCUCCAACAAUCUGCUGUACAAUUCGCAAAUAGAGCAGUGCGAUUAUCCCUGGAAUGUUGACUGCGACGAUGGAUCUCCGCCGCCAAGUGGUCCCAAUGCCGGACCCUCGGGAACUUAUUGCGAGAGCCAAGGACGAUGUGUUGGCCAGCGGGAUGGUACCAUGUUCGCCGAUGCCAGCGGAGGAUGUAGCUCCAAUUAUGUCGUCUGCCAGUGCGAGUGUGAGGUGAACUUCACUUGCUCCUCAGGACUUUUGUACAAUGCGCUGGUCAAAUCCUGCGAUUGGGCCGAUAAUGUUAAGUGCUAA